GAUCGCUGCUCACAAUGGAGAAAAAAAUCGUAAUACCGAAAAUACCCUUCUUGUUCGCUUCUUAUACGAUACUAUUAGCCUUAUCGAAGGAGCUGCUCUCCACUUCACUUUCCAGCACAAAUCUCCAUCCAUGGCGGCUCCUUUCGCUACUUCGCCUCUGGUUGGCUUGGCUUCUGGUUCCAAUACCGUCUCCCAAACCAAAGCUUCAGCUCCGUUUAAUUCGGUUAACCUUCAUAGGGUUCAGUCGCCGUCGAAUCUUUCGUCCUCGUCGAGUUUUCUGUCCGGUUCGUUGCAUUUUCCUUCUCUGACAACUUCUUUCAAUCCGUUGUCUUCGAGAAUUGCUGUUCGUAGCUCGGUCCGAGCUAGUGCUGAGGUACCACCUCUACAAGCGAAAGUAACAAAUAAGGUAUAUUUCGAUGUGAGCAUUGGUAAUCCAGUAGGCAAGCUUGCUGGGAGGAUUGUGAUUGGAUUAUUUGGGGAUGAUGUUCCCAAAACGGCAGAGAACUUCCGUGCUCUUUGCACAGGAGAGAAGGGCUUUGGAUUCAAAGGUUCUGCCUUUCAUCGUGUAAUCAAGGAUUUCAUGAUACAAGGGGGUGACUUUGACAAGGGCAAUGGAACUGGGGGUAAAAGCAUAUAUGGUCGUACAUUUAAAGAUGAAAACUUCAAAUUGAGUCAUACUGGACCAGGAGUUGUCAGCAUGGCAAAUGCAGGUCCAAAUACUAAUGGAAGUCAAUUUUUCAUAUGCACUGUCAAGACGCCAUGGUUGGAUCAGAGGCAUGUGGUUUUUGGGCAAGUCCUGGAAGGGUUCGACAUAGUUAAGCUAAUUGAGUCGCAAGAAACAGACCGUGGAGACCGACCAUUGAAGAAAGUCGUCAUCAGCGACUGUGGCGAGCUUCCGGUGGCCUAAUUUUACCAAUAUCCAGAUAACUGAUCCUAUCUUUGUUCUUCCUUUGGAUUAGCUAAUCUUAAUUAAUUUAAGUGGCCUUUCGUUGAGUCUUUUUGCUUGUAAAAUCUAUUGGUGGUGAAAUUGAGCUCAGGAAGCGGGAUUUUAUUUGAUGAAUUUAGAUGAUGUUUGUGACAGCAACUAUGCAAGUAUAUCGUCCACGAAUCUGCCCCCACCGCUUUUUUUAAAGAGAAAUAAAGAGGUCGCCUUAAAAACUAUACUCUUCAAGGAUCUGUGUUUUUCUCUAGUUUCUUGGUUGGGCAUUUUCCCCCUUCAUCCUGAGUAAAUUAUAUUUGGUUUUGACAUUGUAGAAUUGAUAAUGUUUUCUAUAUGUAAUUUGUAUGUUGAUUGAGGAACUUUAAUGGGCGAUGUGUUAUGUGUUUUGUGUCUGUCUUUGUCUUGUCCGUGUGUGAAUGUAAAGAUUCUGUCGGUGUAUUUAUUCGACAUGUCGUUAUUACCCAAUCAUUGUCAAUUUCAAA